AUGUUUUCUUCAGGGUUGACUAUUCAUUCUAUUAUCAGUUUUUUCCUCUUGUUUUUUUUUCCUGUCUGCAUUAGUUAUCUAGAUUUUGAGAUUAGGGGUUUUCUCAUUGUGCAGUGAAAAGGAUUCUGGGUUUUUUUCCUGGGUUUGAUUAAAUGGAAAAAAUUGAGAAAGGUGAUGGUUAUGAGGAGGGAGAAGAAGAUUCAGAGUAUGUAUUACUUGAUCUUGAUGCUGUUUCUUCGCAGAUUUACAUCCCUCCAAAUGCACCCUACACUCUCUCUGGUCUGGAUACGAUGAACCCAAUAUUAAUCAUAGAUGGAAAGGUGAAGCUGAUUGGAGAAUAUGAAGAAACAAUUGGGACUUGCUUUGUUUUCUCCGAAGAUGAUGCUCCACCUGUAGUGUAUGAAGAGACGGGUCCAUCAGAGGCAAAUCUCUUUUCAGGAAAAUGCAUAAUAGAUCCAAAUCAAGCUCCAAGAAAGCAAGUAAAACCGGUUGCUCGACUUCACAAGAUUCUUAAGUUCAGUUUGUUACUCGACGAGAAUGUUCAAGCUGAAACGAAUUCGCCGAAAUAGUACAUUUUUGUAAACUAGCAAACUUGAAUUUUGUAGUU